AUGAAUGCAUCACGUCUGUGUGUGGUUUGCUGUGGGCCCCCCCGCCAGCACCCUCUAUUGAGGGGGGCCCCCCUUCGGCAUAUAUUAGCAAAUAAAUUACCUUCAUCAUCUUUAUUACCUUUUUUUCCCCUUGGGGCCCCCCUAGGUAUCCGCCAUAAGACCUCUGGGGCCCCUAAGGGUGUACCUGAGGGACCCCCACCACAACAGAACGGGGGCCCCAGUUCCUCUACUACAGAGAAGGGGCCCGUCCCUCCCUCUACUAAAGGGGAGGAGGAGGGCCCCACGUCCUCUCCUAUAGAGGUGGAGGGGGCCCCCUCUCGCGGCUCUAUUAAAGAAGAGGAUGGGGGCCCCUCUGCUUCGUGCACUAAGAAGGAUGAGGAGGGGGGCCCCUCCCCUGAUUGUACAGAAGAAUUAGAGGGGGGCCCCCUAAUAGGUAACAGUAGCAGCAACUGCAGCAGCAGCAGCAGCAGCAGCAGCAGCAGUAGUAGCAGCAGUAGCAGUAGUAGCAGCAGUAGCAGCAAGACACGGUAA